UGCCCAUUUAAUAGAAACCCUAGCACAGUGAAGCUCGUCGUUGAAAUCGUCUCCUAAAACCCCAAACCCCAAAUCCACUAUAAUUCUUCGCUUACGAACGCAUAAAUGAAGAGCUUCGAGAUCGGGAUCGGUGGUGUCUCUCUUUCUCUCGCUCUCUUCGUCGAUGUUACUAAUUCCAAAGAGCUUCUUGAGUUGAUGCAAGCAGGGACUUUGGAACCAGAAGUAGCAUUUCUGAAUGCUUCACUUGUGCCCGAUGUUUUCCCUGUUCUUGCUGCUGCAUACAAGACGCUUGUAGCAAAAUCACGAGAGUCUCUCACUACCCGCACUCUUCAUUCGGAGCUUGUCUACAAUUACUCGGGCUCCAAACAUAUAUCAGAGUCCUUGAAGAGGUGCGGCAUAUCAGACAGCACCACGUACAUCCUCGCAGCUCGCUUUGGUGCUUCAUCUGAUGAGAUGACAGCCAUAAAUGGACUUAUAAAAGGGACAGAAAUAGGGUUGGAGGAAUUGGAAACACGAGCUGACCGAGCUCAGAUACACAAGCACUACAAAAUAUCAGUGCCGGAGUUGGGGAUAUCUUCAGUGUCGGAUGCUAUUGUAUGCAGGAUCUCUGCGCGUGAUGCUUUGUAAGAAAAGCGCUCAGUUUGUUCUGUGAUUGUAACAUUUUCUUCCUUCCAUUGACACUCAAUUUGUAACAAGAUUACAAAUGUAAGUUAUAUUGUUUCUCUCCCCA